AUGAAAGUGCAGAUGUGUGUAGCGAAUGAGUUUGAUUACUAUAAAAUCAGAAAUGUUGCAUCUCUUGUUACGCUCCAUCAUGGUGAGGCUUUUAUUGCGCUUGAUAUUGCUAAUGGAAAACAAAUCACAACAAGUGUUAAUGUAAAUGUCACCACUGAAAAAUCGUCAAAAUUGAAUUAUAAAGAAUUGGAAGAAACAAGUCAAAUUGGUGAAGGUUCCUUUGGAAUACAGUGGCUAUUAAAAAUGAAAAUAAGUCGUGAACAAGACGAUAAUUCAAUGAUAGAGUUUGAAAAUGAAGUGCACUUGUUAGACAAAUUCCAGUGUGAGUUUAUCAUUAAUUUCUAUGGCGCAGUGUUUAUAAAAACCAAGUUUUGUAUGGUCGCUGAAUUUGCAGAAUAUGGAUCUGCAAACAAGACUUAA